AUGCAAUUUUUGAAAUUUUUGAGCUGCUUCGUCGCUGUUUCCGCACAUUUUGGAACCAUGCAGAUGAGAUCGAGUGGUCUUGCAGACAGAGAAGCUGACGAGGACUUCCGAGAUUACAUCGGCGCUCUUGUUGCUCAAGCUGCUGCUGCCAAACCUGCACCUUCCAAACGACUCUUUCCUCUUGAAGCUAUCUUGGCAAAAGCAGCCAACAAAUAUUGA